GCACGCGCAGGCGCAGCCGGCGCAGCGGGCACGCGCCCGCGCCGUCCCCUCCCCCACUCCCUCCGCGCCGGAGGGGAACCCGUCGCCGGGGCUGCUUUGGCUGCCGCGGUCGGUUGUCGCCAUGGACUCUCCGUGGGAGGAGCUGACUCUGGCCUUCUCCCGCACGUCCAUGUUCCCCUUUUUUGACAUCGCCCACUACCUGGUUUCCGUGAUGGCGCUGAAGCAUCGGCCAGGAGCAGUGGAAGGGGCCUGGAGGAAUCCUGUUUCAAGCUGGUUUACUGCUAUGCUCCACUGCUUUGGUGGAGGAAUUUUAUCAUGUAUACUGCUUGCAGAGCCUCCACUGAGGUUUCUUGCAAACCACACUAAUAUUUUACUGGCAUCUUCAAUCUGGUAUAUUAUAUUUUUUUGCCCAUGGGACCUAAUUUCCCAGGGCUAUUCUUUCUUACCUGUUCAACUUCUGGCUGCGGGAAUGAAGGAAGUGACCAGAACUUGGAAAAUAGUAGGUGGAGUCACACAUGCUAAUAGCUAUUACAAAAAUGGCUGGCUAAUCAUGAUAGCUAUUGGAUGGGCCCAAGGUGCAGGUGGUAUUAUUAUCACGAAUUUUGAACGGUUGGUAAAAGGAGAUUGGAAACCAGAAGGUGAUGAAUGGCUGAAGAUGUCCUACCCUUCCAAGGUAACCCUGCUGGGGUCCCUUAUCUUCACAUUUCAGCACACCAAGCAUCUGACCAUUUCAAAGCAUAAUCUUAUGUUCCUUUAUACCAUCUUUCUUGUGACCACAAAGAUUACCAUGAUGAUUACGGAGACUUCUUCUGUGACUCUUGCUCCUUUUGAGGAUAUACUGAGUCGAAUGCUCUUUGGCUGGCAGAACCAGUUUUCAUUGUGUGAUAAGAAAUGUGGAACAAAAUCAUCUUCCAAUGGCACUGGUUCAUCAGUUUCAAAACCUAUGACUGAUGGUUUAGAUGUUAAAAGGAAACAUACUAAGAAGACUGAGUAAAUUUUCUUGAGCUCUAGAAGGCAAAAAAAUUUUCUUUCUACCUAUCAAAUUGUGAUAAAUAUUUCUAUGUAGAUGAUGUGAAAUAAAGAUUAUAUAUAAGGAAUGGAGGUGACAAAAAGAAAUUAAUUCUAUUUUAGGGUGACUACCACUUUCUUGAUUGUAAUUCUUGAGUGUCAUGAGUGUAUCAUGUGAAUUUUUUCUGAUAUAAAGUAUCUCGUGAUUAUUUGAAAUUUUACAUUGAUAAAAGAAGUUAUAAAAAUUUAAAACUUUUAAAAAUUGGGUAUUUUCAUACAUUUAAAAAAUCUGAAUCUAUUUGAGCUUAGUUCAGCAGAAUUAAACUUUUAUUUUACAUUACCAUCAUAAUUUCUAGGUGUAGAAAAUUAAUUGAUUAAAAAAUUAAAAUUCCUAUUUAAUUUUGAGCACCGAAGGCAGUACACUUUUCCUAAAAUACUUUAUAAGUGAAAAAUAAGUUGCUAGUUUAUGUUUGCUAUAUGAACUUUGUAAUUUUGCCCACAUUAAAAUGGAGAAUACCUGAAAUUUAACUUAAUUUUAUCUCUAGUCGUUUUUUUCAGUAAAAACACCAUAUUGUUAGUAUGAGUUUCAAUUUGAAGUCUGUUUUAUGCCCUUUUAAAAAAACUGUUUUUUUUCCCCCUUGAAGAAAAUCAGGGGUGCAAUUUUUGAUAAAUUACUAAUUCCAUGUUUGAUACUUUUCAGUUUUCUGAAAUUACAAAACAUGGGAUUGACUCUCCCCGCCGCUGUCCUUAAAACACAUUUAUUUCAACUGUAGAAAAAAUUUUCGCAUUUCACAUGUUUCUCUGACUUCACUUCUUCUGAUUACAGUUCUGGUAGCAGUUGUCUUAAUGAUUCAACAAAAAGUAUUAUCUCUAUUUAAAUUUGUUUCUUCCAUGUCUCCUUUCUAGUGGCUACUUUCUCAGUUUUUUGUUUGAAUGUUUUCUAUUAGAUUACAUAUGGUUACGUUUAGUUUUAAUCUACUUGUACAUGUACUAUUAAUUUUAUUUUAAAUGAGAACUGAUUACCUUCAUGUGAAAAUGUUCAGCUUUGAAAAGAAUUGUGUGCACAUUUAAUAGUAAUCAGCUAAGAAAUAGAUCAACUGAAUUCUCAUGGUCGUCUUAUUUGAUUGAAGAAUGAUGACAUUAAAUCUGGUUUCUUAUUGGCAAAAUAAAAAACAAACAAGAAAAGAUACUCAAUGAUGUUAGAGUUUCUUUAUUUUAUGGUUUUAAAAGUACAGUUCUGACAUUCAAACUGUGACAUGAUUUCUUAUACCAAGACCAUGAACCUACUACCUGUAUCAGGUAGAACUUUCAGAUGGCUUAGAAGUACUCAAGUCAUAUUCAAGUUGAAAGUUCUUUGCUUUUAAUUUUUAACAACUGUAAACACCAGCAUUUGUUUAAUACUGGUGUUAAAAAGAAAAAUGAUUUUCUUUUUGACAGGUGGAGCACUUUUGAUACUCUUGGAAUGCUAAGAAGUUUAUUUUUAAUACUGUGACAGCAUUAAAUUGAGUUCUGUAUUAUAUGUGAUAUUCUUAAUAGUUGAAAACUUUUCAAAAUGAACUUGUUAUUAAUUAUUGGUCAAUUUUGAAGUUUGGAUUUAACUGUAGUUAAAAUGGUUGGAAUCUUGUUUUAUGCUUGUAUCAAAAGACAAAUUCAUUAAAAUAAGUUAUUCAACA